GCGGCGGCCAUUUUGGAUCGAAAACGAGGCUGGGAGAGCGAGCGCGAUGGAGUUGAGCUGCGGUCCCUCCCAGGUACUGAGCAACAGGGGUGCAUCGCCAUCCCCAAACCUGCCGCUUUCAGCCUAUCUCAGGGCUCCCCUUCUCCUCAGUAUUGAUGCUCCACAAAUUCGGGCAGCAAUCCCUCCCUGUUACGCUUCAUAUAUGCAUCUGCACUUUAUUGCUUCAUAGAGAGAGAGGGGAGGGGAGAGAGAGUAUUACGUCUGUAUCUUUUUUCCUUGUACAUUUUAAUAGGAUCCAAGUAUUUUUGCAGCAAUGUUUUCUUUAUAUGUGCCCAUAUCAUAGCUGUCAACGUUUCCCUUUUUUUAAGGGAAAUUCCCUUAUUCCGAAUAGGAUUCCUCACAAGAAAAGGGAAAAGUUGACAGCUAUGACCCAUAUAUGAAAAAUAGUCUGGAACCUGGAAGGAUGCAGUUCGUCACUUUUGACUUAAACUAUAUAUUGUAACAGCGGCUAACAAAACAGAGGUCAUCUUAAAUUCACAUAGCAAAAGGUUUCUGUAUUGCUCUGAUAUCUUGUGUGUCACAUAAGAGCAACCGCAGAAACAGAAACAAUUUGCUGUGAAAAUUUAAUGUCUGUUAUGUUACUUGCAGUGAUGUAUGCAGGUUUUAAAAAUUUGUAUGGUCUGUCUUGCUUAUGAAAGAUAAUCACAAAGUCAGGUUGAAGUCAUGGUGAAUCUCCAAGUUAACCCCAAAUCAGGAGAGGGGUUGUGGUGAUUAUUGUGUACAUUAAAGACAUGGUACUACUAAACAGGGACUCCUCCAGAUGUUCUUCUUACUGCACAUUCAUGAUGAUCUAUGUUCAUGAUGCUAUCACGGUGGUCAGACAGGAUCCCACUUUCAAUCCUUUAGUCACAUUCCUCCAUUUCCAAUCGGAUGCACAUAUCCUGCAGCUGAUAUUCUGUAAUUUUUAUGCCACACAUGUUCCGGUUUAAUUUUGUCCCACUUUUGUUGCUCUACGAAACAGUCGUGUGAUAGUAUCAGGGAAGCAUCGCAAGCUAAAGCAGAAUAAGUCCAGCACUAUUUUUGUGUCACAGAACAUGUUGCGGAUGAAACUUGCAAUAGAACAUCAGUCUGGAGAGGCCCACAAAAUGUAAUCCUCCUAACAGGAAUGCCGUGAGCCGGUGUGGGUGUGUGCUGCCCCACUGUGGGCCAGAGAUGGAGGCAUGAAGAAGCAGCACAGACCUAGAUUGCAGCUGACACAGCAGCAAUGUAUCUCCUUCUUGGACAUGAGAAGCAGAGAUUUCUGGGAGAGCACAGGGCGCUUGUACAGUGUAAAAUCAGAGAGGAGCCUCACUGGUUCGCUGGCAGGGGAAGGUGUGUGGGCUUCUUGGAAACAAAGAAUCCCUUGUUUCUUUGUGAUGCCAAAGAGGCGAGCCUGGACUUUUCAAGGCUUAUCUAUUUAUACGUACAUAAAUUUCUAUACCACUAAAUGAAAAGGGGGAGAUCUUCUCAGAGUGGUGUACAUAAAAUUAAAGGUAAAAGCAAAGAUCAGAAGAAUGUAAAACUGCUCACAUGGCAGGGUAACUUUGCAAAAAUAAAAAGGUUUUUGAGCUAGAGUGAAAAGCGAAUCAACAAAUUGAAUAAAUUCCACAGUAUAGAGUCUGCUGUGCUCAAUUCCAUGUGGCACAAGGGACCAGCUAGCAACGCUGCUGCAGAACGUAUCAGAAUAACAGGUAGGAAUAGGGAAAGGUGGUCCCAAGGCUUUUAUACACUCAGCACCUUCAAUCUGGCCCAGUAGCCUAAACGGCCUCGGUCCUGUAUACCUGAAGGAGCGUCUCCACCCCCAUCGUUCAGCCCGGACACUGAGAUCCAGCACCGAGGGCCUUCUGGCGGUUCCCUCAUUGCGAGAAGUGAGGUUAUAGAGAACCAGACAGAGGGCCUUCUCGGUAGUGGCACCUACCCUGUGGAAUGCCCUCCCAUCAUAUGUCAAGGAAAUAUACAACUAUCUGACUUUUCACAGGGAGGGAACCGCCAGAAGGCCCUCGGAGCUGGACCUCAGUGUCCGGGCUGAACAAUGGGUGCGGAGACACUCCUUCAGGUCUGCUGGGCCGAGGCUGUUGACGGCUUUAAAAAUCAGCACCAACACUUUGAAUUGUGCUUGGAAAUGUACUGGGAGCCAAUGUAGGUCUUUACAGGAUAAAACAGUUCGGCAUGGGGAGGGUGGAGCAAAUUUGUUACUGUGCCCUUAGCCUUUCAGGGCACUACAUUUCCUAGAGCUUCUUGGGAAGGGGGGGAAGGGGCACCAAGGGCCAGGAAUAAGGAUGACCCUUGAAGCAACAACCACGCUAUUGAAAUACCAAUAAGCCGAUCAUUGUUCAGUAGGCCUUCCCUCUGGUCCUGGUGACCUGGUUGUGGCAGAUGAGCAGGUGAAAAACACCAGCGCGUCACCCUGUUGCGAGGGCAUGGCUGCAUUGCAUGACCACGGCACAUACUGCAUACCAGAAGGAGGACAUGCCCUGAAGAGGCUUGUGAGGAAGUUGCAGGACACAGCCCACCGCCAGAGCGAGCGCCUUCUUAGCCUGCAGGGAGCGGUGGAAGCCAACCAGAAGGAACACCAAGAGCUGAAGGUGAGGGUGACCAGUGACUAAUAAUAAUAAUAUUUUUAUUAUUUAUAUGCUGCCCAUCUUGACCGGGUUGUCCCAGCCACCCUGGGAGUCUUCCAGCAAAAUAUAAAAGCACAAUAAAACAUAAAAACGUCCUUAUGCAGGCAGAGCUGCCUUCAGAUGUCUCCUAAAACUCAGAUACAGUGGUACCUCGGGUUAAGAAUUUAAUUCGUUCUGGAGGUCCGUUCUUAACCUGAAACUGUUCUUAACCUGAGGUACCACUUUAGCUAAUGGGGCCUCCCUCUGCCACACGAUUUCUGUUCUCAUCCAGAAGCAAAGUACUUAACCUGAGGUACUAUUUCUGGGUUAGUGGAGUCUGUAACCUGAAGCAUCUGUAACCCGAGGUACCACUAUAGUUGUUUAUUUCCUUGGCAUCUGACAGGAGAGUGUUCCACAGGGUGGGCGCCACUGCCCAGAAGGCCCUCUGCCUGGUUCCCUGUAACUUCACUUCUUGCCAUGAGAGAAGCGGCAGAAGGCCCUCAGAGCUGGACCUCAGUGUCCGGGCUGACUAGGUGGGCAGGAAGCAGAGUUGGGUGGGGGCAACUUUGCGGAAAGCCAUGCCAACGCCGCCAUUUUGUCCUUUGCCGCACACAGGAGAGCGCGGACAGUGAGAAGUGGGCUCUCCUUUCCCACCUCGGAGAGCGCGUCUCACAGCUGGAGGAAGAGAACCGGAACCUGCGCUGGGAGCGGGAGCAGCUGGAGUCUGCAGGCCAUCGCAUGCGCAAGGAGCUGGAUGCCAGCGGCGCCACCGUCCUCUCGCUGAGCAGGCAGCUGAGGGGGCAGCGCGAGGCCCAGGCGCACCACGGGGCCUUCUCCCUCGAGAGCGUCCAGGGCGACGGCAAGCGGCUGAGGUUCUACACGGGCUUCGACAGGUACCCCCGCCUGGUGGCCUUUCUGGACUUCCUCCUCGAGGGCGAGCAUGGGGAGGUGGGGAGCCCGGAAGGCAGCCCCCACAGCGCCCUCAGCCCCGACAACCAGCUCUUCCUGGUGCUCGUCCGCCUGCGCCUGGGCCUGCUGCUUCAGGACUUGGCCUUCCGGUUCCACAUCUCCGAAUCCACGGCCUCCCGCUACUGGGCCAGCUGGACGGAGCUCAUGGAGCGGAGGUUGCGACAAGUGAGUAAAGCGAGGCAAGAACUCCUCCUUUCUACACGCCCCGGAAAAACAACACCAGAGAGUUAAUGAGAGGUGCAAUGGUGUUGGUGAAAGGAGCGUAGAAUAAUUGGGUUGGGACUAAAGGGUGGGUGGUAAGGAGCUUUCAGAUGGUGCGUGGUUGCAGCCUUUCUCUUCUGAGGCUUUUGAGGUGCAAUUCCCAUCAGCCCCAGCGAGUUGGAGGGCACAAGGCUGGUUGAGAAGGGCCUCUUCUGCCAGUCCUGCACUGCCCCCGGUGGAUGAAGUCCAGAAGUCCAGUUCACACUGUUCUCCCAGCCCCAUGUGUAGAAAGGGAAGAAAAGUGUGCUGUAGAAGCACAUUCUAUUGUCUAUGGUUUGGUUCCCACCCCCCGCCUUGAUUUUUAGGCUGUUGCCCCUCCCAACUGAGAACUUUCUUGAAUUCAGUAGUAAAAAUGAUAUUCAAGAGCACAAAUCCCAAUGAAAAUUAACCCCGCGGUGAAGUCCCCAUAAAAAUUAAGUGGUGUGUGUUAGCCACAACAAACUGGUCCUAUUGGUUUCAAAGGGAGGACUUCACAACUUUUCUGUGGGUUUGGACUGUGGCAUGUGCAUCCUUGCUUUCCAAUUUCUUUUGCCCCCGUCAGUUCUCAAAUCAAAACAGAAGGCAGAACUACUGCCCCCUUUCCUGUUGACCCUCUCCUCAUUCCUUGAAACUAACAAUCCAGAAAUGAGAGCCCCCAACCAUCGCGCAAUUUGGCCUAUGUUUGCAUUAAUCUUUUGCAGCACGAGGGCCACAUUUCUUUCUGGGGGCCAUGUGCUAAGGGUGGGCAGGGGAACAAAUAUAGUUUACCUUUGUACAGCAGGAUAGUUUUUAUGCAUACCCUCUAUCUCCUGUCCAGGCAAGCAAGAGGUCUCAUCAAAGAUCAAGAAUUCAGGCAGGCAAAAGCAGUUAAGGAGCAAAGCAGGGCCAGUGAGGAGUGUGGCUUAGGGAGAGGGGUGUGGCGUGAGGAGAGUCCCAAGGGCCAGGUAAGAGUAGCUUGGAGGGCCAGAUUCGUCCCAGAGUCUGAGGUUCCCCAUUCCUGUUUUUAACCUUUGUCAGAGGCAGUCAUGCUUCUGAAUACCAGUUCCUGGAAGUCAGGUAGCAGGGAGAGGGUACCGUUAUGCUCAGAUCCUGCUUGCAGGCUUCCCACAGGCUCCUGGUGGGCCACUGUGAGAGCAGGAUGCUGGACAAGAUGGGUCACUGCCCUGAUGCAGCCGGCCAUUCUUACAGAUGUCUUCUCCUCCCUCCAGAUCCCAGUUGCCUGCAGCCAGCGCUACAUAGAUGCUUUCAAGCCACAGCAGCCACUCAGGCACCAUGAUGUGCCACUGGUGGCUCUGGACUGCGCAGAACUGUUGUUCGAAGCCCAGGGGCGGUCAAGAGGCAGAGGAGGAGAUGCCCCUCAGGUUCCCAGGGCUCGGUACUCACUGCACGGCUAUGCUCUGGCUGCUCCCAGCGGCUUCCUGACGUUCAGUGCCGGGACUGGCAAAGAAUUGCCUGUGUUGCCGCCGUUCCUGCAGGCAGGGCCUGUGGAGUUGACAGCCCAGCAGGAGGCGGCCAAGAGGCAAGUGCUGAGCUUGCGGAGCCUGACGGACAAGGCUUUCGGCUACCGCUUCCUGCGUGUCGUUCACCCGCAGAACAUGGAGGGCCAAGUGGGCAGGGCGUGGACCAUUUCCUGCUACCUGGCUUGCCUGCUGCACGACCCCAUGGGGCUAGGCUAGGGCAAAGGAGUCCUGCUCCCCCAACAGUCUCAACACUUCUGUGUCACCUUCAUUGAACGCUGCUCCUAUUCCCACACCUGCAUUGUAAUUUUAUUGCUGGGCCCUACUUGGUGCGUCAGAAUCCGUGCUGCAGAAUGAAUGCACCUUUUAGGACACCUGUGUUUCUGCUUUCCUUGACCACCAGUGAUAGUAACCAGGAAACUAAUCCAAAAUUCAUUUGAUAUCUUGGUUGAGCACCCCCAGACCCAACAUUUAGCAAUACUUUUAUCUUUAAAAAAAAAAAAGUCUUCCCUAAACUGUAUUUUAAAAUUCUAGUUCAGUAACUGAUAGGCACCAGCAGGAGUCCUUUUUCCAACCAACAUGUCUCCCACCCUCCAGCUCCUGCAAAUACCUCUCUUCUCUCCCUCCCUCCCUGACACUUUUCUUUUAUGUCUGACAUUUCCAAAACACUUCACAUAAUUAUUGUAUAGUAUAAUUAUAAUUAUAAGUAUAAUUGUAUAGUAUAAUUAUUGGGUCAUCUCAUCCACUCAUGUUCAGUAAAGAUUGUGGGAAGACUCAAAGCAGGUUGGGAGGGGAGAGACAUCCUGAGAAAAGACUGAUGUUCAGGCAAACCAGACGUUGUUGGGUCUACAACCUGCCUUUACAAUCUUCCUAGCGCUCGACUGUCUUAACAAAUGACACGACAUGGGGUUUUUUAAUUUAUAUUCAGAAUAGCAAAUUUAAUCCAUCGCAUCACAGCCUUCAAAUAUUUCAAGACCCAAUCUAGUUUUUGUAGCCUCGACUGGCACGGCGACCUCGAGCCCGCUCAAACUUGCGGCCCUUGGAUCUGAUGUAUGGCCUGCAAAGUGGAAAAUGUAAGAGGAGUUAGUAACACAAAUAGGAGCCUGCUCUUGCCUAGUAGAUACACUGCUUCAGGAAGGAGAUGCGUGCACAGUAGCCUCUGAAUUCAGAGGUGCUACAGAAUCGUGGGGCUCUCUUGCUCCCACCUUCUAUCCUUCACCUCCCUAACCCCAAAAAGGCUCCCCCCUCUCACAGACUGUCCUAGCUGCCUGAAAAAGUGAGAAGGCGUCAAUGGAAUUUACUCUGCUUCCUCUCCCAAAAUUCCCAGAGCGUCUGAAAUCCAAGAGCUGUAAUCUGAAUCCAAACCCCCCUUCAACUUCUAGAGUACAGAGAAAAAGAGGCAAAUGGGGGGUCAUGGCUGUAUGGCAAAUCAUGCAAGAGAAUGUGUCUUGUACGCUAUAAAGUGUUGCCAACUAGUUGAAAUACUUGGGAUUGGGUGUGGAAAGCCUGUUUUAAUGCUCACAGGAUAGCCUAAUUAACUCUCUUAGGCAGCUAUGAGGUUCAGAACGCUAUGGUGAGACUUCCAAGACUUGAUUCCUUGGAAGAAUGGGAUUCAAAGGUCAGAAAAGGCCUUUUAGGGCCCUUUGUAAGUAUAAUACUGAAGCUAUACCACAGAAGAACAGGAAGUAAUAAAGUGAUUGUGUAAACAGGAGAAAAAUCAUAUUUUUUCCUCAAAAACCUACAAUUAUCUUGAGGGGCAGCAUGGUAAAUGGGAAGAGGCUAGCAGGAGACCUGGAGCCUGAGGUACUCACUUAGUGUGGCUGUGUGGGGUUCCAGGGGCCUUGCCAAAAUGCCUGUAAACUUCGCGAGCCUUCCUGGGUCCUGCAGGAGGCAAGUCAGAAAAGAUGCUUUAGUCAUACUGAGGCAUCAGCAGCAAACUAGCACCUGCAAGAACUUCGCAAGCCUCAAGAGCUUGGUACCAUCCUCCCGACUCACCAGAAAGCAGCACCGUUCCUUGGCCCUUGGGGGCAGCCAUGGCCAACUGGUCAAAAGUCAUGAUCUGACCACCAGCUUUCAGGAUGCGGGUACGGGCUCCUCGGGUCACUCUCAGGGCACAAACCUUGGAGGAAAAGGGAAACGGGUUGCAACGUGAGAUGAAGUAUGUCAUUUGUUUGCUUCAAAAAUAAAAUUUGCACCUUCAUC